CGUUUUGAUUUGGUUUCCGCUCUGGUUCACUCCUCGGACUGACCUCCUCGUUUCCAUAGCAACUGCGGAGGUUGCUAUGGAAACCCUGCAGGAAACAGCGCUGUCUUUUUAUGAUUAUGACACAAAAAAGGGGCCAAUGCAGCUCAUAAACGGCAGAAUUUCACCUGCCAAAAAGUGAUUACAGCUCCUACAUUGAGACUGAAAGUUUUUUUCAGCAUCAAAUUGACUUUAUUUUGCUCUUGGUGGUUAUAAUUGACAGAUUAUAGUUCAUUUACUCCUUCUUACCUGUUGAAAUGUCUUUAAAAGGGCCAAUUCGACUUAUAAACGGCAGUAUUUCACCUGUCAAAAAGUGAUUACAGCUCCUACCUUGUGACCGAAAGGUUUUUUCUGCAUCAAAUUGACUUUAUUUAACUCUUGAUGGUUAUAUUUGACAGAUUAUAAUCGGCUCAAUCCCCUUUAAACCAGUUAUUGUAUUUCCGGUCGCUGUCCCUUUAAGAACUGUCAACGGUUUUUUUUACCGGAAGUCGGUCCGUUAACUAAAUUGUCCCGGUCCUGCCUUCGCCUCCGGUGCUUGUGUGUCAAACACGGAACCUCUGAAGUAAUUUGGUGUUAUCGGGUCGUCAGUUACUGAACAUCAUUGAUUUCGGUUAUUGUAGCCGAAUCUUGGUGACCCCAAAAUCUGACGAGAGACGGAAACGAUCGACCGAGCUAGAAUUAAUAUUUUUAGCUAACGUAAGUUAGCGUUAGCUUGCUGUCGAAGGAGGUUGAAGGAAGUUGUUAACCAUGGCUCUGCAGCUAACUGCACCGUCCGUCUGUCGUCAUGGGCUCUGAGACUGACGUGCUGAUGAAGGAAUACUUGAAGAUGAUGACUGAUAUGAUCGUGCUUUGUGCCACUCUGGCACUCUCCCUGUUCUUCUGGGUCCUCUCCCUCACCAUCAGCUCGUACUCCGGCACACUGCAGCCUGUGUCGCCGUGGCGAUGGUUGUUCUCCAUCCUGGUCCCCCUCAUGCUGACGGUCAGAGCGCUGAAGAAACGCAGUCUGAGCCGCUCGGGUGCUCUGGCAGCUCUGCUGGUCGGCUUCGUGUUGACGAUGGCCAACUACAGCUUCUUCUCCUCUCUGCUGGCCUUCUUCAUCACCUCCUCCAAACUGACCCGCUGGGGAGCAACACAGAAGAAGAAGAUAGACCCCGAGUACAAAGAAGGGGGCCAGAGGAACUGGGUCCAGGUCUUCUGUAACGGAGGAGUUCCCACAGAGCUGGCACUGCUGUUUAUGAUAGAGGUGGGUCCAGGUGAGAUCCCCAUCGACUUCAGUAAACAGUACUCGGCCUCCUGGAUGUGUCUCUCUCUGCUGGGCGCCAUCGCCUGCAGCGCCGGGGACACCUGGGCGUCGGAGGUGGGGCCUGUCCUCAGCCAAUCACAGCCCAGACUCAUCACCACCUGGAGGGAGGUCCCAGCAGGGACAAACGGAGGAGUGACUACCGUCGGAUUGGUCGCCAGCUUCUUCGGCGGGCUGGCGGUGGGCGUGGCUUACUAUAUAACACAGUGCCUGUUGGUCCACGACCUGCACAUGUCCGACCCUCAGUGGCCGAUCAUCCUGUACGGCGGCGUGGCCGGCCUGGUGGGGUCGAUGCUGGACUCUUUCCUCGGAGCUCACAUGCAGUACUCAGGUUUCGACUCGAGCAUCGGGAAGGUGGUGAGUUACGAGUCGGCCACCACGCAGCGGAUCUGUGGGAAACCCAUCUUAGACAACAACGCCGUCAACCUGUUCUCCUCCGUCCUCAUCGCUCUCGUCCUGCCCGGGCUGGCGUGGGGGCUGUGGCCUCGGAUUUAUAACAUCUGAGUGAUCCGAGGGUCGGUACUGAUCACAGAAGCAUCGCACUCGAGAUUAAAAAGCACACACGCUCUCUCUGCCUGUACCACUAUGUGUUGGAUGAAGACUUGGAAAGGAGAUAGAAGAGGAAAAUAGACAAGCUGAUUAAAACUCGCUGCAGUGUUUCACACAUCGUCAUCACUGCCUGAUGGAACAGACGGAAGCUGCAAACUGAUCAGAUCUGUGAAGGUUGAAUUGUUUCCAGACGUGAGACGAAGUUUAUUAGGACACAACAAAGAUAACACACAUCUGCUUGACUAAAAGUGUCCAGGGACCUGUUUCAGUGAGCAGGUUUAAUGAACUCAGGUGACUGAGCCUGAGGUGACUGAGCCUGAGGUGACUGAGCCUGAGGUGGGAGAUCUGUAGGAGGGAGGAGGCAGCUGGAAGAAGCCAGUUCCAACAUUUAAUUACUUUCAGCCUGAGAUUUCUUUUCUUUAACUCCGGCUCAGUUUUUUACUGAACGCGCCCUCUGAAACAGCUCCCUGGUGUGCAGGUACUUCUGAAGACAGAUCAUGUCGACAAACAAAUGAAACUGUGAAUUAUUUUGUAAAUGUACAACAGUGAUGAUGCUUCUAAGAGAUCAGCGGGUCACACAGCCUUUGAUAUGUUCGCCUGAGUUUGUUAAAAACCUUCUGAAACUUGAGCAGUCGUACAGAAGCAGCUCAUCUACAUCGAAGUUAACAAAACCUCGAUGAUAACUUCGCCUGACGAUGACUGCUGGUAACAAACACAUUAUCUACAUGAUGACGUUUAAGACAGUUGGACAGCACACGUUAGCAAAUAGUUCUGAUCGAGUGCAAACGAGCAUGAAUUCAUGGUGUAAUCUGCAGCGACACACAAACAGACGAAUAACAAAGAGCUGCAGGACGACACAAAGACGUAAAGCAACUGAAACAAGUUGAAGUGCCAAUAAUGUAACUGUUUCCAGAGAAAUAUACAAAUUAAAUAAUCUAAUCACGUUUAAAAAAAAAAAA